AUGAAGUUCUCGGCCUCCCUCCUUGCUAGCGCUUUCACCUUCUUCGUUGCCUCUGUUGGGGCCGCGCCUUCCACUGUCUGGGACCCGACCAUCACCUCCCCUAUUAUGGGGACCGUGUGGUUCAUUGGUACCGCAGUCAAUGUGACUUGGAGCACCGCCGAUCAGCCAAGUACAGUAUCCAAUGUUGGUCAAAUCUAUCUCGCUAAAGAUCAAGUUCAAGUAAUGGCUUUGAGUGGGACAUUUGAUCUUGCUGCUGCCAAUGGAUUCCAUACCGUGACUGUUCCCGACGUCGUCCCCGGGGAUGACUACGAGGUCGUUCUUUUCGGCGACUCCGGCAACAUUGGUCCCUCAUUUGUUAUUGCAGAGCAGAUAUAG